AUGCCAUCGUCGUCGUCGGUCAAGCGAAAGAUGCCAGCGGCUGGUCUGCUGCAGCGGCGGGUCCGGCCACGGUUUGAGCCAGAGCCGGAGUCGGACAUGGAAAGUGAUGAUGAUGAUGAUGUGAGCGAAGAAGAGGCUGCCGGGUCAUUUGGGUCGGAUGAUGGGGAUGAUGGGCCGAGUGAGGAGGAUGCGGGGAGCGAGGGUGAUGGGGAUGAUUCGGAGGUGGGAUCUGAUUUAGAUGGAGAAGAGGACUCUGACGGGCAAGACGAUGAGGCACCACACAUCGAUGCCUCGCAAAUCUCCUUCGGGGCCCUAGCCAAAGCCCAAUCCACAAUGGGCCCAUCAUCAAAAAAGCGGCGCGGUCAUGAUAACAGCGGCGACGAGUCGGAGGAGGAGGAAGAGGACGACAAAAAGGACGACGGGUACGGCCACCCAACGAACCUGACGUCCACAAAACGCCCCGAGAAACGCUCCAACAAGCACGCGCCCGUGGAGCUGACCAGCAAAAAGCCCGUCUCCCGCAAACGGGACUUCUUGACGACGAGCACCGCCGAGACCAAACGAGCUGCAGCGCGCGACCCACGGUUCAUGCCGCUGGGGGGUCCAAGAGCAGCAGCAGGCGCAGGAGCCGCAGCAGGUAGCGGCGGCGACAAGAUCGAGGAGAUCAAAGCGCGCAAAGCGUACGCCUUUCUAGACGACUACCGCGCUUCGGAAAUGCAAGAGCUGCGAAUGACAAUCAAAAAGACCAAGGACCCACGGCAGCGCGCCCGGCUGGAGAAGGAGCUGAUGGUGAUGGAGAGCCGGCAGCGGGCGCAGGCGCGCAAGGACCGGGAGCAGGCGGUGUUGGAGGCGCAUCGGAAGCAGGAGAAGGAGUUGGUGAAGCAGGGCAAGACGCCGUUUUAUCUGAAGCGGGCGGAGCAGAAGAAGAGGGUGCUGGUGGAGCAGUUCCAGGGGUUGAAGAAGGGCCAGGUGGAUAAGGCGAUUGAGAGGAGGAGGAAGAAGGUGGCUGGGCGGGAGAAGAAGAUGUUGCCGAUGGUGAGGAGGGGGGCGGAGGAUAGGUAG